AUGUCGAGCGAACACAUUACUGACACAGGUGAUACGCCGUUAAGUAGGCCUCUGCUGAAAUUACAAUUGUUAAAUUGUCUCAGAAAGGGCAAAUAUGAUGAGUUAGUUCUUCUUAUAAACGAUAAAUUCAAACCCAGAGACAAUCCAGAUGUUAUUCAAACCAAGAAAUUGAUCCUACACUAUGCUAUUCAGGUCGAGACCCCACUCCAAUUGAUCAAGGAUAUAGUCGGCAAAGAGGACUUCAGGGAGAUAAUAAAAAUCAACGAACAGGAUGAUAAUGGUAACACGCCGUUGCACUUGGCUGCAGCACAAUCUAGACUCGAUGUCAUCCUGUUCUUGCUAGAACAGCCAAAUAUCAAUGAUUGCAUUGUGAAUAAGCUAAAUUUACAAGCAUUCGAAAUGUGUAAAGAUGUCAAUAUCGCACAAUUGAUGCAAUACAAAAAAUCUACUUACAUUGCAGAAAUUGCUACAGCAUUCAAACUUGCCUUCAAUAACAGAGAUUUUGAGCACUUGGAAUCUAUAUUAUCCAAUCAACGAAACGCUCAGUUGUUAGAUAUCAAUGGUAUCGACCCAAAAAGUGGCGAUACUGUCCUCCACGAGUUCGUAAAGAAAAGGGAUGUGAUCAUGUGUAACUGGCUACUAGAACAUGGAUCUGACCCAUUUAAACGUGAUGCAAAGGGAAGACUACCAGUAGAUAUAAUCAAAAAUAAUAAUGACGGCGCAUCUGCAGAUUCUAGUAUGCCACCUUCAAACACAACUAGGAUGGCCAUUGAUAUGGAACUCAAAAAGAUGCUUGAAAAAGCCGCUACCGAACAACCUGUAAUCGAUUUUGAUGGUAGUGGUAAUGCGAUUGAUGUCACAGACUCUAACGUCAAAAUACCAAUGCAGCCUACAAUGAAAGGCUAUCUUAAAAAAUGGACAAACUUUGCACAGGGUUACAAAUUGCGAUAUUUUGUACUUGGUGAAGAUGGUAGACUUUCUUAUUAUAUAGAUCAAAAUGAUACGGCAAAUGCUUGUAGAGGUUCGUUGAACGUUUCAAACUGCACGUUACAUCUGGAUUCAUCUGAGAAAUUAAAAUUUGAAAUUAUAAGCAAUAGUAAUAAUUCAGUAAGCUGGCAUUUGAAGGGGAAUCAUCCGGUGGAAACCAAUAGGUGGGUUUGGGCUAUUCAAGGUGCAAUAAGAUUUUCAAAAGAUAAACGCAAAGAAUUGACAUCAUCUCGUUAUGAUCAUGUUUCGAAUAAUGCGCCUCUUAAUGACUUGAAUUCAAUUAUCACCCCGGCUUCUUCUGUAAAAGAAGAAAGGCCAACUACGGAAAAUGUGACCAAAACAGGAGAUGAAUCAACCAGACAACAAGAUUCCAUGGUCUCUGAGGAACUCUAUUCUGAUGAAGAAGAAGAUGUUGACUUCACAAAUAAUGAAAUGUUCAACUUUCAGCAAUUAGAUAACGGUGAAGAUCUGAAAAUAACAUAUGGACCUUACCAGCAAAAGUUAGACACCUUAAAAGAAUCAAUUUCCUUAGAAUUGUCAUCCUUAAGUGAAUUGGUGACGUCAACAACUUUGGCUUCCACUGAUAGAUCUCCUGGAAAUGAAUUUUUUGAGACUAUCAGUGAUUCUUUGAUAACCUUAGCUUCCAACUUUGAAAAAUUGAAUUCCUUAGGUGAUAAACGUGACAAGAAAUUGAUAUCAAUGUUAAGUAAACAAUAUGAUGUUAAUAAUAUCUGGAUCAAAUCUAUGAAGGAAUUAGAGCUUGAGCUGGUUGAAAAAGAUACAAAAUUAAUAAAUUUGGACAAAGAAAGGAAAAGACUGAAGACUCUUUUAGAAACUACUGCCGAAACCUCGUCAAGGAAUACAGCAGAUGAAGCAAAUAACGAGACACUGAGAGAGAUUGUUAAAUAUAUUAAUAGUGAAGGAGAAGAUGAAGAGGACACAGACGCAGAUGAAUUUUUUGAUGCAGAAGAAGCCGACAGUAUUAGUACCCAGAUUGCAGAUAUUACUACUUCGAAAGAUCUUGGAGAAGAAGUACAGGAGGAUGCUUUUUCUGAAAAAGCUGUUGAACCAAGUUCAACCGUGGUGACCACUGGUCUACAAUCUGCAAUAUUAGAUGUGCUUGAAACUGAUCAGACCUUUAAAGGUUAUGAACAAGAAUUUAGAAAGACUUUAAAGCUGGAUAAAGAUAACAGACCAAAAGUGAGUUUGUGGUCAGUAUUAAAGUCGAUGGUUGGAAAAGAUUUAACCAAAAUUGCUUUACCGGUUUCGUUCAACGAACCUACAUCCAUGCUACAAAGAGUUUCAGAAGAUUUAGAAUAUGCAUCAUUGUUGAGCCAGGCAACAAGGUUUCAAGACUCUACCCUAAGAAUGCUUUACGUAGCAGUAUUUACCGCGUCACCAUAUGCAUCUACCAUCAAUAGAGUGGCCAAACCUUUUAAUCCUUUACUCGGUGAAACAUUCGAGUACGUAAAUAAGGACGAAUCAUACAGAUUUUUCACUGAACAGGUUUCACAUCAUCCCCCAAUUUGUGCCACAUGGACUGAAUCCCCCAAAUGGGAUUUUUAUGGUGAGUGUAACGUUGAUUCAAAAUUCAAUGGUAGAUCCUUUAACGUGCUACAUUUGGGUAAGUGGUUCAUUCAACUAAGACCGGAUAAUCUUAACGUACAGGAAACAUAUAGUUUCAAAAAGCCAGAUAAUGCAGUGAUCGGUAUUUUAAUGGGUAAGCCAGAGGUUGACAAUUGUGGUGACGUUAGAAUCGAUAAUCAUGCCACUGGAGAUUAUUGUCUCUUACAUUAUAAGGCAAGAGGAUGGACAUCUGCAGGAGCAUUUGAAGUAAGAGGUGAAAUUUACGAUAAGGAUAAUGUCAAACAAUGGGUCUUAGGGGGGCACUGGAAUGAAUCGAUAUAUGCAAAAAAAAUGAUAAACUCAAGUUCCGAUCAACUUAAUGUAGAAUCACUGCGACUAGAUGAUUCUAGUGUAGCAGAUCCUAAAUAUGAUGGAUCUAAAUUUUUGGUAUGGAAGGCUAACAAAAGAAUGCCAGAUGUUGCCUUCAAUUUGACUUCUUACGCUAUAUCAUUAAACGAUGAAAAUCCAGAACUUUUGAAAUGGGUUGCACCAACUGAUUCAAGAUUGAGACCGGAUCAAAGAGCCAUGGAAUACGGUGAAUAUGACAAGGCAGCUGACGAGAAGUAUAGACUGGAAGAGAAACAGAGAGCUAUACGUAGAGAAAGAGAGGCUCAAAAUAUCAAAUGGCAACCAAAAUGGUUCAGAAAAGAAGCACAUCCCGUCACUCACGAACCUUUUUGGAAAUUUGAUGAACAAUAUUGGAAAUCAAGACAAACACAUUCGUGGGACACAUGCGAUGAUAUCUUCUGA